CGCCUGGCGGUGGUGGCGGUGCACUUGAAGGACAUGGUGCACGGCAAGGCCAUCGAGUCACCCGUCGACACGCUGCGGAGGAACGUUGCGCUCCACGCAGCGUUGGCGCCCUGGCCACUGGGGACGGCGACGACGCGCUCGCUACGCCGAGCCCAGCAGGGGCCCAGGCUUGUGGCGCGCCCCGCGCUGUCGGCGGUUAGCCUCGCCGCCGGCGGGGUGAACGACGCGGUGCACGACGGCGAGAACGGGACGGAGCUGGACGGCCACGGCGAGGCGGAGAAGAGUUGCGCGACGAACCCCUUGCUGGCGGUGCCGCCCUUCCCCUCGCUCGAUAAGGAGCUCAGCGAGAAUGGCACGAUCGCGACGCACGAGUUCGCGGAGAAGCAGGGCGCGGCUGGCAUGACAUUCGAUCCAGGGCCCGACGCGCUCGUGGGCACGAUCGAACACGAGGAGGAGCACGGCGUGGAGGCGAUGCACAAGGGGGAGCUGACGGCGGCGGCGGCAGCUGCGGAGGCGGACGGCGGCUCCGACACGCCACCCCCCCUGCAAACUUGCGUGGUCGACCUCUGGGAGCGCCAGGUGGAUGCCACGCAGGGCAUCGAGACCACCAUGAAGUGGGAUGGCGCCCGCGCGGCCAAGCGCGGCAUGGUCAUAUACCGCAUCUCGCAAUUGGAGACCCUGUACGUGGAGGUCCAGCGGGCGUUGGCAGAAGCCGACGACGACGCAGACGAGCAGGAGGCCGAGCAGGAGCGUUUCGAGAUUGGGGAGGCGCUCGCAUCGGCUUGGUCCCACAAUGACACGCUUGAGUGA